AAAUAUAUGGCAGUAAUGGAUUAUGCAAAUGAAGGUAAUUUAAGAGGAAAUUUAACAAGAAUAGUCAAAAAUGAUUGGAAUCAAAAAUUAUAUAUGUUGUACGAAAUUAUUUCUGGACUUAGUAGGAUACAUGGAGAAAAGCUUAUUCAUUGUGAUUUUCAUGAUGGUAAUAUUUUAAAUCAUAAUGAUAAGAAUAAGGAUAAAAUUUAUAUUAGUGAUUUAGGAUUAUGUCAACCUGUAAAAUCGUUUAUGAAAAAGUAUGAUAUUAAUGGUGUUAUACCAUUUAUGGCUCCUGAAGUUUUAAGAGGCAAACCUUAUACUCCAGCUAGUGAUAUAUAUAGUUUUUCUAUGAUUAUGUGGGAGUUUACAUCUGGAAUACCACCAUUUAUUAAUAGAGCACAUGAUCUUCAACUUAGUUUAAGUAUUUGUAAAGGUGAACGUCCUGAAAUUAUUGAAAAUACUCCACAAUGUUAUGUAAAUUUAAUGAAAAAAUGUUGGAAUGAAGAUCCAUUAAAAAGGCCAUCAAUCAAAAAGCAACUUUAUGGAAUUUAUAAAUGCAAUUGGGUGCAACAACCUUGCUACUAAAUCUCACCCUAAAGCAUGUUAUACAAGUCGCCUACUUGACUUUACCAGUAAAAAAUUGAAUGAAAGUCUUGAAAGUGAAGAUUUGAAUGAUUGUGUGAUUAAAGAUUUGAGGUCAUUAGUGAGAAUACUAGUAAAAAGUUGAAUGAAAUUCUUGAAAGUGAAAAUUCACAAGCUAGUGUAAAGGCAAAUGAAUGCUAGUAAGUG